AUUCUUUCAAGAUAGAAAACGUAAUGUGCAACAUAACUUGUUUGUUUUGGUCAGUGUACAAGCGUGAUCAGGUUGCUGAGACACACAUCACCAUUUAUCAGCACCAGCAACAAACAGUGCCCACGGAGGGAGGACGCGAGGGGGAUGCCGAGAGGGCGCCAACCAGGUGUCAGCUCGGCAGUGUUGGUGGAGCCGGGCACGGGAGGGCUGGCCGAGUGAGUUGGGGCGGGGCAUCGCCGCCGCCAUAUCGGGCACGCCAGCUUUCACUUACUCGUCUUCUUCUUGUGUACAUACUGUCUACUUCUUCAUGUGGGCUCCCACGCCCCACUGGUGCGUGUUCUGUCAGGAAAACUUACUCGGGAUGCUUGGCGGCGGCAGCAGGAGCAGCACCCAUGCAGGGUACCACGCGGCCAAAUUCCUCCGGCGUGAGAAGAAAGUACCACUACUGUUCUACCGCAUCUCUGCAACCACGGGGCUCUGAGCGUCCCGCAUGGUGUGACCAGCAAGGAUCGGCUGGGUCGCUAGAGGAGCUCCUUGUCACAUUGCCCUUGUGAUAAAGUGUUUGGGCAAGUUCGCUGGAAAUAUCCACUCGAGAAAUCAGUGCCGCUGGUCUGCAUGCUGUGUGGCCCCAGAGCACAGUGUCUGCAAGAAAGUGAAUGUCGGUGGCUGGGCACGAGUGCAGCAGUGGGUGGAGAGUAGCUAUUGAAGUGUGUCUGGAGUCCUCCUCCCUUGGUCGUGUGGUGUGGUGGGCCGCGGGCGGCACCGGUGUAGUGUUAGUGGUCAGUGAGAGGCGCCUCUCGGGAUUACAUCAAGCGCCCCUCCGUCCCUUCCUGGACUCCCUGGAUUACUCGACGCACCAGCAGGACGAUCGUGAGUGGGCUGGCGGCCUCAGGCUGGGCAGUGGAUGUAUAUUGUGCCGAGGACGAAGGGUGGCCCCUUCUGUCCUUAAGUCGUCCCGAUGGCUUUCGUCAAUGUUCAGACCAACGUCAGAGUUAACAGAGCCACCAGCACCACCGAGACUUCGGGGUGAGUAUAGUGAACGAGCUCCCAGGUGUGGCGACUCCCCUCCACCCUCAGCUCUGCGCGGGAGGCAGUGAGGCAGAGGGACGCCAGGCACAGUAAAACGGACAUGUAAAGGUGUACAGUACAUUCGCACCUGUCCUGUGGUGUCUUUCUUGAAGGGGAGCAGGUGUUGAUUUGUGCUGGGGGUGGGAGAGAGGAAGGAAAGGGGUGGUACUCUGACCUUGUGGUUGAUGGGGCGGUGGGGACGAUAGUGAAGGGGGGCAGGUGUACUGUAAGUCAUCGUGAAGGGAAGGGAAGAAGAGGCUAAGGUGGUACUGUACAGCCACACUCACCCCUCUUACACAGCCUUCCCUCCUUCUCUCUACACCCGCUUGGGGGAUUAAUGGCCCGGGGCUUUUCCGUAAUUGUCUCCCUUGUGGGGUGUCCCUGGCGCCAGUGUAAGGUCUAAUUGGGCGAUAAUUUUUCAGUAAGUGGAACACGUCAUACGAUGUUGGAGUAAUUGGGAGUCACUUUCCUUGAUGCCGGGUUUGCCUCAGCCUCAGUGUUUUACGGAGACCCCUUACUGUCCUCCGUGAUGACUGGUGACUGACGCAGAGAGAGAGAGAGAGAGAGAGAGAGAGAGAGAGAGAGAGAGAGAGAGAGAGAGAGAGAGAGAGGCUGUUGAAAAAUCUAAAGGGGAUAUAAGUAGUGAAGCACAUUCGUCAGCCAGACAACGUACUACACGUACUCAAUGUAUAUGUACUGUGCUCAUAAAUCCACUGGUCUUACGUCACUGUGUAUGGCUGUCACUUUCCUAUCUGAUGCUUCCCUGCGCCUCCCUCCACUGCCCCUCCCGCAUCCUUCAUAUACCUAAGUAGCUCGUAAUUUCACCGGCGCAAUGUUUCAAAUCGGAGUGAAGUAACAUUCAUAGCACUACUAUUUGCCAAGUAUAUAAAUAAUGACCCCCACUCAUCCUGUCGGUGUGCAUUCGAGUUAUCCUAGAUGUAUUGGAGUCUCGGUUACUCGAUCAAGCAGAGGGAGUCUCAGCGCGGUUCACUCACUCACGCAGGGGCGGCGGAGUGGGUGAGCUGAACGCUGCUUUCAUAAUGUCGCGUGAACCCUGAAAAAGAUAUCUAAUUCGCCGUACGCGUUCCCUGGUGUUAGUUUUAUCCACUAAGAAUGGUGCCCGGGAGUCCGUGGGAGGGAGGAAGGGAGGGCGAGGGUGAGGAAAGGAGGGGCACGGUGCCAAGUAUGCCACUCUCGGCCCGCUUUGUGCUGCCUCUGAUCUUCCUCUUACUACCACCGACCGGGCACUCCUCUACGCCCCGAUGUGACACUCGCACUGUCACUCCUCCGGUUAUUCUCAGUGUAAUCUACCUCCAUCUGAGCCUGCGCUGCCCUGCUGGUGAAUGCUGGCUGCCUCCCUCACUGUGGUCAGGAAGGAAAUGCACUUGAUUGUAUGAGAAAUGUAUCAAUGUGGGCUUAUUAACCAUAUUACCGAAUUUAUUUUAGCUUCUUUUAUUCCUGUGGGAAGACGAAAUACGAAGAAAUUUGUUUGAAAGUAAUAAAAGAGAAGAUCGAAUAGUAUCACAUCAAUUUAGGUGCUGGAUGGGAUGUGCCGCCUCUCUUGUCCGAGUGAAUGGCCAAUAUAAGGUUGGCAGCAUUACCCCUAAUCAAAGUUCCCCGCCAGACGUCACUCCUUACUUUCUCACUCUAAACCGAAGUGGACCAACUUUGCCAAUAUUCCUCCUUUCAGCGUACAUAAGAGGCGAGCCAAUCAUCUUGUUGUAGCGGAUCCACGCCAGAUAUUAUGGGGCUCCGCAGCCAGGGAGACAAUACUCCUACACCAACGCUUGACUUGCUACACUUGGCUGCCUCCCCGCGCCCGCCUCCGCCAGCUUAUUGUUUUCAGCUUAUUGGAUUUUUGCUGAUUCUGUUUUGUGGAAGUUCUGAUCUCGUCUUUUUUUUUUUGUGAUAAGUAUGUUUAGUAGUUCCAAUUACGGUUCUCCUCGUAUCUAGCGUGUCUAUAUCAGCGGCAAGUCCAUAGAACAGAAUAAGUUCAUUUUUACUCUCUUUUCUUUUUCUCCCUUAAAUCUCUGAAGUGAAUUUUUUUUGGGUUAUAACAAUAGUUGUGUUGCUCGUUAGUGUUGGUGCGUGCGUUUCAGUGCCUCGACCCUUGCCUCGCGCCUCCCCGCCCACCAGCAGCUGGCCCGGCGCCUGUCCUCGCGGGUGACGAACUGGCUAAGUUACUCUGUUGUGGCUCGUGUUGGCACCAGGCCGCCGCUGCCGCUACUGCCACUGCCGGUAUAUUCAUGUCUUCGGGAGAAAACUAGAACUCGGUGCUGCUGAAGCUGCUGGUAAUAAUAUAAUUAGCACGCUCGAGUCUCUAGGGAGAGGCGGAGCUUUUUCUAGCAAUUCACGGCACUAUAAUCUGUGGUUGUAUGACUCGAGCUUACGCGGAAUUGGCCUCACUUCGGAGUGCCGUACAGUGAACUACAAAGUCGAGAAUUCAUCUAAGCACGAUUUAUUUUCGUUACCAAACCUAAAUUAUUGUUGGAAUUAUAUGAAAUUAACUAUAUUCACACAAAUACUCAGGCAAACUAAUAACUUCAACUUUCUACCAUAUAAAUCAAUUCUCUCUCAGCUAUUCACCUCUCAUGGACUCCAUAAAAAAAGUACUGAGGGAAAACAAUGAAUACUAGUCACAGUCCGAGCACUUAAACCUUAAAAUGAGAUGAAAGCAAGAAAAAAUCUGAAUAAAAACCACUCUUGGCCACCACCGCCUCGUGAGGACAGUGAAUCGCAAACAGAGGGAGAGGAGAGAGGGAGAUGUGGUAGAUGGAAGGUGGCGGAAUAAUAGAAGGAACUGGGAGAAAUUGUAUACGUGAAGAGGUUUGAGAUAAGAACAUAAGAGCAUAAGAAAAUGAGAGAAGGUGCAUGAAAACAGUGAAUCGCAGAGAGGGAGCGGGGAGAGGGAGAUGUGGUGGGUAGAAGGUGGCGGAUUAAUAGAAGGAACUGGGGGAGAUUGUAUACGAGAAGAGGUUUGAGAUAAGAACGUAAGAAAAUGAGGGAAGCUGCAAGAGUCAGUCAGGCCUACACGUGGCAGUCAAUGUAU